UCAAUGGGCGUGGCAGAGGGACGCGAAGCGAACCAGCUGAAAAUCAAAGCCCAAUUGGCACAAACACGCGGUAAAUAGAAUUCGCAAUCGGAAUCGGAAUUGAAAUAGGAAUUCGCAUUCAAAUUCAAAUGCAAAUAGAAAUAGAAAUUGCCACGAGACCCCCACAGAAAAAAAAAUAGCAACUAAAAUACCCAUAAAAUAAUAGGAAAACAAAGAGUGCCAGGAGAAACAGCUGCUGCAGCAAAUAAAAAGAACCGCAACAGCAGCAACAACACUAACAACAACAACAACAACGGCAAUAACAACUCCACCAACAACAACAACGAAAGCAACAAUAUGGAGAAGCUGCUGCAAUCGACGCUGUUUGUCAUCCUGAUAAUGGCCACAAAAUGCGGCAGUGGCUCGACCCAGAAUCAGCAUCACGAGAGCAAUUCCCAACUGGAUCCCGAUCCGGAGUUCAUAGGGUUUAUCAACAAUGUUACAUAUCCGGCUGGCCGUGAGGCCAUCUUGGCCUGUUCGGUGCGCAAUCUGGGCAAGAAUAAGGUUGGCUGGUUGAGAGCCUCCGAUCAGACAGUUUUGGCUCUACAAGGCCGAGUGGUAACCCAUAAUGCCAGAAUCAGUGUCAUGCACCAGGACAUGCACACGUGGAAACUGAAGAUCAGCAAACUGCGGGAAAGUGAUAGAGGCUGCUAUAUGUGCCAAAUAAACACAAGUCCCAUGAAGAAGCAAGUGGGUUGCAUUGAUGUGCAGGUUCCACCUGAUAUUAUCAACGAAGAAUCCUCCGCUGACCUGGCUGUUCAGGAAGGCGAAGAUGCCACCCUCACCUGUAAAGCCACAGGGAAUCCCCAGCCACGAGUCAUCUGGCGCAGAGAAGAUGGAGAAAUGAUUCUCAUUCGCAAACCAGGCAGCCGAGAGCUCAUGAAAGUGGAAUCCUACAAUGGUUCCUCACUCCGGCUGCUUCGUCUGGAGCGGCGUCAGAUGGGCGCCUACUUGUGUAUAGCUUCCAAUGAUGUUCCACCUGCUGUCAGCAAACGAGUCUCUCUGAGUGUGCAAUUUGCUCCCAUGGUCAGGGCUCCCAGCCAACUGCUGGGUACGCCCCUGGGAUCCGAUGUACAGCUGGAAUGCCAGGUGGAGGCAUCGCCGUCGCCCGUCUCUUACUGGCUGAAGGGGGCACGGACGUCCAACGGAUUCGCCAGCGUCUCAACGGCCAGCCUGGAGUCCGGCUCGCCAGGACCCGAAAUGCUGCUCGACGGGCCCAAGUACGGGAUAACAGAGCGGCGCGAUGGCUAUCGGGGCGUCAUGCUGCUGGUGGUGCGUUCCUUCUCGCCCUCCGAUGUGGGCACCUAUCACUGCGUCAGCACAAACUCGCUGGGCCGUGCCGAGGGCACAUUGCGGUUAUACGAAAUCAAGCUACAUCCGGGCGCCUCCGCCAGCAACGAUGAUCAUCUGAACUACAUCGGAGGUCUCGAGGAGGCGGCACGGAAUGCUGCCAGAAUCAACCGGACGACGUGGCAAACUCUGCUCGCCAUGCUGGUCCUCCUGUGGAUGAGGCUGAAACUAAGAGCCGGGGGAGCGUGAUAUCAAAACUGAGAGAAGCAGAGCCGGCAAUCAAGUAUUCCUACAGAUUCCCUCGGACACCGACAUCGACAUCUCUCUCUCUCGCCUGCGUUCUUGUUGUUCGUUUCCGUUUCCGGUUCCGAAUCCCCCAACUCCAACUUAUUGGACCCCAGCCGCCCACGCACACAUACAUAUUGCCGGAGGCGCCUCCCGCUGCCUCAGAUAUCAUUUGCAUACGUAUCAGGAAACGCGUUUUUCCCACCCGCUCAACUCCCCCUUUGCCAACUCCCACUGCCCGCUCCCCCUAAAUAAAACUUAAGACGAUAUCAAAAGUGGACAAUUGGAUGCCAAGCCCUACCAUUUUCCCCAGUCCCAAAUAAUGUUACAUUGCAUAUAAAUUAAAUAUGGAUACUAUAAAAUAGUGCAUAAAAUUUAUUAUCAUAAUAU